AUGUUUUUGCAAGUAGCCGCUUUAUGUCUGCUGGCAGUGAGUGCGCACGCGCACGUGGCCGUGUCGCACCAUUCCCGGGUCGACCACUACAAGCACGGCCACGACCACUUCGACCACAAGGUCCACCAUCCGAUUCACCAUGACCACCACCAUGACCACCAUGAAGUGCACCAUGGACAUGACGAUGGUCACCACGGACACCACAUUGAGCAUCACGAUGAACACCACUACGACUCGCACCACCCGUCCUACAAGUUCGAGUACUCCGUGAAGGACGAGCACACCGGCGACCACAAGGCUCAGGAGGAGCACCGCGACGGCGACGUCGUCAAGGGACACUACUUCCUCGUGGAGCCCGAUGGCAAUGAGCGUACUGUUCAUUACUCCGCUGAUGACCACCACGGUUUCAGAGCUGAUGUUCACCACAAGACGGCUCACCACCACAUCAUCCCCCACCAUCAUCAUCAUCAUCAUGAUCAUGGUCACCAUUAA